UCUCAUGUCCAGCUGGGUUGCCUUUGAGCAGUCCAACUUCCGGGGGGAGAUGUUCAUCCUGGAGAAGGGCGAGUACCCACGAUGGGACACGUGGUCCAGCAGCUACCGCAGCGACCGGCUCAUGUCCUUCCGACCCAUCAGGAUGGACGCCCAGGAGCACAAGCUCUGCCUGUUUGAAGGUGCCAACUUCAAGGGCAACACCAUGGAGAUCCAGGAGGACGAUGUGCCCAGUCUCUGGGUCUACGGCUUCUGUGACCGCGUGGGCAGCGUGAAGGUCUCCAGCGGAACCUGGGUCGGCUAUCAGUAUCCUGGCUACCGCGGGUACCAGUAUCUCCUGGAGCCUGGUGACUUCCGGCACUGGAAUGAGUGGGGAGCCUUCCAGCCACAGAUGCAGGCUGUGCGCCGCCUGCGUGACAGACAGUGGCACCGUGAAGGCUGCUUCCCCGUCCUGGCUGCUGAGCCCCCCAAGUGAGUCUACACACCACUCUUCUCUCGUGGCCCACCCUUCCGGAGGCUCAUCUUCCCCAUGCAAAUAAAAGUUCCUGA